AUGAAUAUCAAGCGUACGGGAGUGGCCCACUCCCCUCCCUCUCCAACUCACAAUCGGGCUACCCAAGCAGGUAUCACACGGCCUUCACUUCAGGGCAACCCUUUGAUACCGAACGAUAUAUCUGGUCAUGAUACUGGAUAUGAUGGGGAUGUGGAGGUAAUUGCACCGUACGAAUAUGAGGAAGCGGAAUCGAUGCCCCCGACUCCACUCCAAGCGAAAAACCGGGCCAGGAGCAACGUUGAAAUGGAUGAUCUUGUGAAAGCAGGACUUAUUGAGGCAAUGAAAGAAUUAGAUUGUGAUUCAGAUGAAACGGACUAUGAGUACCACAGAUUAUGUGUAAAAAGGCAGAAGAGGAAGGGGAAAUAUUUAUCUAGCGGACAAUCUACAACUGAUUGCUCCUCGGACGCUGAAUCUUUAGAAACCAUCGAUCUUGAACGCUAUGGGAAGGUAUUUACUCCAGGAAAACCCCGAAAGAGGAGGAGAAGGAGGAGGCGGAGGCGUGCAUGCACUGGCGAUACUUCCGAUUCUCGGAAUGCUGAAAUUACUAGCAUGGACCAUGCUUCACAUGAAAUUAACUCGAGCCAGCCAGCCUUUCCAGCACAAGACGAACGGAUGGAUAUUGUCGUUGUUCAACCGGUGCCAACACUACUCCGUAUUAAAAUGGCAAAUUACUGGGCUGCGAAUCCAAUUGACUACCUCCCACAAACCUGGCCUGGCAUCUAUCGCCGUUUCUUUGACUCAUUUGCGAUGGCAUCCCGAACAUCAACGCGGCAGGCUGCUGUGAAGGCAAAUGAAGCGCUCCACCAAGGGGCCAGAGCUAGUACGAAGAAAACCGCUAGCGGGAAGCGGAAGGGGAAGGAACAGGAGGAAGCUCCGAAGACAAAACGCGAAAAAGCGGAGGAGGAAAAACCAACGAAAAUAAAGCAACGAAAGCUUGGAGAGAGUAAGGAGGGACCAACUACGGAAGGACAUGAGGAGGAAACGGAAUCGAUCAACGCUGGGCUAAACAAGCAUCAAAACAUUGAGGGAGCCCAAGAGCGAGACGUAGAGGAACCGAGGGAGCCGGACAAGUUGGAAACCAAACGACUGGAAAAGAAGGAGGCACCAAAGGAGGCAGAACCGAAGGCAGACGCUAGUGGACCAAAAAAAGAGGAAACAAAAGAGACAGAAAUGCUUGAAGCUAAAGAAUCAAAACAGGAAGGAGAAGUUAGGGAUCCAGUCAAAGCGGAACAACGCGAAAACGAAGCUCCCGAGAAAUCCCAACCGCAAAAAGAAAAUAUUGCAGAACCCGGACACAAGGAGAGAGCAUCAGUACCGACAACCAUUGAGACAGGUGAGGUGGAUAGAAGUCUCCCAUCAAACGUUCUCGAAAAGGGGAUUAUAUAUUUCUUCUUCCGCAGCAAGGUUGGAGUCGAGGAACCAGAGGGUAUUGCGGACGUGGCACGGAGUUUCAUCGUCCUUCGACCACUUCCGCGCGACGUAAAACUAGGCCAAUGCACUAUCGGCGAUCACCAGAAUUGCCGAUUGCUUGUCCUACCCAAAAAGGUGCUUCCAAAAUCCAGCAGAGAUCGGUUUAUGGGUUUUGUGGAGAAGGCACACACCACCAUGAAAACCAUUAAAGACUCAUUCCUUGCGAGUGAGAGACAAACGGCGACGCGAGGAACGGCAUAUACCCCUGCCGCAACUCCCAUUGCUGAGGGAGUUUAUGCGAUCGCAUCCAAGGGUCGCUCUUCGCACCUUGCAUACUAUCUGACGAUCCCGUCGGAGCUUGGUGAGGUUCAGAAAAAUAUUGGCCUCAGACGCCAUGGCAGCUUCAUUGCCAGCGUAAAAAAUCCCGAGUAUGUUGGGCCUGAAACGGCCAGACUGCCUCAUGGUCCUGAAUUUCCACAAAAGGUUCAGGAUGAGUUUAACGACCUUCGCUGGGUGCCAUUACAACCCACGUUCCUGGAUUACCCCAAUGCGCAAUUCCUUCUUAUUGGGGGUACACACCAUGAUCCAGAAGAAGCUGAGAAAGCAAUUGAGGAACUUGAACACCAGAAUGAAUCCCGGACGUAUCCACUCAAUUACGACGAUAUUAUCUAUAAAGACCUAGGCAUGGACAGUAGGAACUAUCCAGAUGUCGCUACGACUUGGGAAUGA